CAUUGGAUUUUCCUUGAACUAAUCCGAAUUCACCGGUCACUGGAAACACAGGCUUCGUGUCGCGAUGUCUACUCUACUCCACUCCCACUCUGCUUCUUCCUCCGCCUUCACUCUUCCCUCGCCACGUCGUCGUUCCGCUCCAAUCAAUCCUCUCCCUCGAUUCUCUCACCAAAACGCCGUCAGGUGCAAGCUCAUAGAGCCGUUGAAGUUCGAUAAUGGCAGAGCAACCAAUCAAACUGAGAUGCUUAUUGGCGGCAGCGGAACCGCCAUUCCGAGUUUUCUUGUAGCGCCCAACACGCGCGUGCAGGAUUUGGUCAACAAGAAUGAUACCCGUCUCAGAAUAUUCUCCGGUACUGCAAAUCCUGCUCUUGCUCAGGAAAUUGCGUGCUACUUGGGGCUGCAGCUGGGGAAAAUUAAGAUUAAGCGUUUUGCUGAUGGUGAGAUAUAUGUUCAGCUGCAAGAGAGUGUCAGAGGGUGUGAUGUGUUUCUUGUACAGCCCACAUGUCCACCCGCCAAUGAGAAUCUUAUGGAGCUACUCAUAAUGAUUGAUGCCUGCAGGAGAGCUUCAGCCAAAAAUAUUACUGCAGUCAUUCCAUAUUUUGGAUAUGCUAGAGCUGAUAGAAAGACACAAGGGCGUGAAUCCAUUGCAGCCAAGCUUGUAGCAAAUUUAAUUACUGAAGCAGGUGCAAACCGUGUUCUCGCUUGCGAUCUCCAUUCUGGGCAGGCCAUGGGCUAUUUUGAUAUUCCAGUUGAUCAUGUGUAUGGACAGCCAGUUAUACUUGAUUACCUUGCCAGCAAGACUAUUUGUUCAGAUGAUUUGGUAGUUGUCUCGCCUGAUGUUGGUGGUGUUGCUAGAGCACGUGCUUUUGCCAAAAAAUUAUCUGAUGCUCCUUUAGCUAUUGUUGAUAAAAGGCGACAUGGGCAUAAUGUUGCUGAGGUGAUGAAUUUGAUAGGUGAUGUAAAAGGAAAGGUAGCCGUGAUGGUAGAUGACAUGAUUGAUACAGCUGGAACCAUUGCCAAAGGUGCAGCACUAUUGCAUCAAGAAGGGGCAAGAGAAGUCUAUGCAUGCAGUACACAUGCUGUUUUCAGUCCUCCUGCUAUAGAAAGGUUGUCAAGCGGCUUGUUUCAAGAAGUCAUCAUAACGAAUACAAUUCCAGUGGCGGAACAGAAUUAUUUUCCACAGCUAACUGUCCUAUCAGUGGCGAACCUUCUGGGCGAGACUGUAUGGCGUGUUCAUGAUGACUGCUCAGGUGGAAUUGAACCUUAUUCCAGUCUGGGAAUUGAUUGACAAAUUGUAUCAAUGGUACAUGGUCAUUCCUUCUUAUGUGUCUGCAGUAACGAAUGGAAGAGUUGUAAAGUGAAUUUGUAAUAAAACCUUUUUUGUUUAACAUCCCUUAUAGAGAGCCAAUUAUGGAGUUUUAUGUGCCUAUAAAAUAAAUUGCUGGCAGUUUUGAACUCCAAAAUGGAAAUGAUAAUGUGUAUUUUUUUUCCCUUUACUUGAGUACGCACUCAUCUAGUCAAAAUGGGGAAGUUUGCCAGUUUAACAGAUUUUAUUUAAUUGUAUCAUUUAAGCUGUCCUUUGUAUUGAUAGGAAACAUUAUUUUAUAUCUGACAACCUUAAGAAAACAUAUUAAGCGUA